CGCCACACAAUGGUCACAUCCCGUAAUCUAAUCCAGCUCAGCCAAAAGACUAGAAUGACGAACUUCCUGCCUACAUUAUCUUGUAUUCAGGGGAUCUUUCGCUGUACCUAAUGACUAAAAGCGAACUAACUGAUAACGAAAUAUGACAUAGAGACGCCCAGUUAGUGUCGCGAAGGAGUUCAAGGCGAAUCAGUUUCGUCGUGACAGUCAGCGAUGUUCUUUGUAUGCUUGUUGUCUUCCUGCUGUGGCCAAGGACGGGGAAUUGGAAAACCACAAAGAGACUGAGCUGGUGUGUUGAUCGAGAGAAGUGUCAUCUGAACUUGAAUAGGAUAUCCCAAGCAUUAAUUCGCCAGGGUUGUCGUAGUUUUAAGGCACGUUCAAUGCAGCGGUCGUCUGUUGACUUCUUCGUCGAGUGGAAGAAGGCAUUCUCCAGCUGCAGUAGGUUCCCUUUACAUUCACCUCUUCCGGCAAAGUCACUACAAACGGGAAAUAGGCCUGUUACUGCAAUAAACGAGAAUUUAUGGGAUCACAAGUUUCAUCUGAUGAAAUGAGCGUGCGAGCGGGGCAGGGCAGUGACGAGGUGCUGGUGUCGCAGGCGGUGUGGGAUUACCUUGCAGCCGCAGGACGACCCUGGUUGGUCGACUUUGAGGACAAGCAGGGACUGAGUGCGGACAUCAUCCGGCGCGGGGAGCGUGGCGGCUGCUGUGCCGUGCGGCUCUCCCCGGUGGAGGGCAUCAGCAGGGCCAGGGCUGGAAUGGUGGAGGGGCCAGUUUCUCCUGUUACACGGAAAGCUUUCAUAGACUUAUGCCGUUGUGCCCGGAAAGAGAUGACCAAACAAGAAGCAGCUCCUAAAAGGAAACGUUCUCUCUUACCAUGCAUGACGGCAAUGGAACCAGACGGGGAAGGGAGCUUGUUGCCGCCUCCUCCCCCUCAACCACGGCGCUCGCAGAGGCAACAGCAGAAAUACAGGAAAAAUGCAGACAUGGACACCUGUGUGGUUUUACCCAUGCAACAUGAGGCCGCAGCAAGGACCGGCGCCGAAUUAGCCAUCACUCGUGAAGAAGAGAGUACCGUUUGCUCUAUCUGCAUGGGUGAAAUGGUGGAAAAGACAACUCUGGACAAGUGUGGCCACUCUUUCUGUCGGUCCUGCUUAGAACAGGCAUUUCAAAUCAAAAAAGCGUGUCCUGUGUGCAGGCUGGUAUAUGGGCAGCUUAUCGGUAACCAACCGGCCAGUGGGACCAUGAUGGUUGAAAGAGACCCAGACCUUGAGUUGCCUGGCCAUGAAGGUUAUGGGUGCAUAUGCAUUAUUUACAGUUUCCCUCCCGGUUUGCAAGCGCAAGAGCAUCCAAAUCCUGGGGUGAGGUAUCCAGGCACGGACCGAGUGGCAUACCUGCCAGACAGCCCUGAGGGAAACCGUGUCCUCCGCAUGCUGCGGCGGGCCUUUGAGCAGCGCCUCAUCUUCACCAUAGGCACCUCCAUGACCACCGGCAUGCAUGAUGUUAUUACCUGGAAUGAUAUCCACCACAAGACCUCCAUAUGGGGUGGACCACGAUGCUUUGGUUAUCCAGAUCCUACAUACCUUGUUCGGGUGACAGAGGAACUGCGAGAGAAAGGAAUAACAGCUGAUUGAUUUGUGUCGAGCACUUGAGAAGUUUCAAAGGAUGGCAAACGUGUGCGCUUGACCACGGUCUCUUCACAAACACACUGUGGAGUCAAGCCACAGUCAUCUGCUGCAGCAUUGAUUUGGUCAGGACGCUGUUUCACAAUGUUUCAUUUCA